AAAAGGGGUGAUCAUUAAGAAAAACGUGCGUUGGGUUGUGCUGCUGUAGAGAUCUCUUUUAAAAUAUAUAUAUACAUACACACAUACACAGGCGCUCCUCGACUUGCGACUCACAGCUCUUCCGACUCUUUUUCAUUAUUACCCUGCUUCGACUUUACGAUAUCGACACGGCGAGACGCGAGCCAUGCGUCGUGUGUCUGAUCCGCAGUACCUGUUGUCGUCCCCCGGACUCAGUCACUUAGCGUUUGUUUUUUUAUGCAUAUAACUUUUUUUUUGUGUUUUUAGAAUGUAUUUGCCCUUAACAAUGUCUGAUAAGAGCAGUGAACUCAAAACCAAACCUAAGCCGCGAACUCUGUCACAUGACGAGGGGCUUAACUUCAGGCGAUCGUAGUUCCAGCUAGGAGUACCGCACACACACACUCAAUAUGUCAUUGGAAAGCCCCGAGUCUGUACUUUUAAACAAGCCAGGUAUGUGCCCGAGUAAUUAGUGCGUAACCAAACUGAGCAGCUAUGCAGAAUGCUUCUGUAGGGACGUUUACUGUACCUUGAUCAAUCCUUUCUCCCACUUGUUUCAAUACAAACCGCUUGGAUGUUUCGCCUCAAUCAGCUGACUGCGUCCAAAGCAAGCCAGCUUGGUGAUUCUCAACAUCCUAGUCGUUUCAGAUUGCUAAUGCAAUCUUCUCAUUUUCCUAGCGGUUGUUAACCAGUGCCAGGUUUUUGGUUUCAAACAGUUACUCCUGUUUUGUAUUUCUAGUAUUUGCCCUCACUGCCUGCCUUUUAAGCUGGGCCUCGCAGUCUCUUAUUGGGAUGGCUGUUCAUUCGGGCUCUUUGCUUGCGGUUCAAGGUGAAGUGCCCCCAUGCAGUUUCUCCUUCACAUCCUGAGCUGUACCAGUGAUGCAGUGUGUUCAUGUUCACCUUGUACUGAUGCAAGCAGAAGCGUGCCUCUUGGUCUCGCUUGAGUAGCGCAGGGGCGUGCCAGGUUGUUGGGUGGAGGAUGCUUGAGUUCAGAUUCUCUGUCUGCCUCCGCAAUGUAAACUAACUGGACUGUAAUCGGGGUUGGCCUUUUAUAGCCCUGUGCACAGAAGGCUGAACGGCGUGAGGUUAGCACACAGGCCCCAGUCUGAAACUGGGUCCAGGUAAUUUUAAGAGUGACCCGUGGAGGAAUGGAAACAAUUCAUCACUUCCAUUUCUAUGUGCAAUUUUAAUACUAAUGUCAUGGUUCUAACGCGUAAAAUAUUUUAAUUACUCGUUCAAAGACCCAGCCUAGUGCUUUUGAGCUCCACCUCCUGUUUUAAGCAGGAUAUGAAUUUUAAAGCCAGCUGUUCUUCCUUAGGGGGCACAUUACACCAAGCUGUGAUAGCACCAUCACACUUCACAGGUUAGAAUUGCUGUUGUGUGCACACUGGGGUGAGACGGCUAUUACAGGAAUACUUGACUGCAAAGAAGCAAGCUGUUUAGGUGUUGGGUUUGGGGAGGAUCAGGAGUCCAGACUUGCAAAAAAAAAAAAAAUAAUGCUGUACUUUAUAUUAGCUAUGGUGCCAUCAUGCAUUUGACUUCUUGGUGUUCCUAAAUUCAAUUAAAAGGUGCAUCUCACUGGGAUGGGUGGCCUUCAGGACCGUUGGCAGCUGGUAGAAUUCAAGGGGGGAUGUUUUUGUGACACGUCCAGGUAUUUGAGGUUUUAUCCUUUUAAUAGUAAUUAGAUUUUGGCAACAAAAAGAUUCCAUUAUGGAACUGCUUGAAAGAAUGCAAUCCCUUACACUUUGCCAACUGUCUCCAUUCCAUAAUCUGGCAGGUGAUGUCAUUUCUCUUUAUGCCAUUUACCAUAAAUAAAGGUCCAAUUGUAUUAAUGUGUGAUAGGGGCCAAUAGCAGAUCUUCUGCUUGGAUUCAGCAAUGUUACCUCGAGUCCGAGACUGGUGCUAAUUGAGGGUGAUGAUCCCACAUGUUCAAGUCGUCCUGGCUGAUGAUUUUAAAUCCCUUAUUUGAAGUGCGGUUGGUACCCUUAGCGGUGUAGUUGAACCUUUCAUCUUGGAUGUGUUUUCUUCAUCAGAGUUUAAGUGUUUAAAAUUGCAGCAGUCGCACAGUUGAGUGUGUUGGACUGGUUUAGCUCCCUGAGGGAGAUUCCAGCGCUGGUGUACGCUGUUGGUUUUCAGCUGGUAGUGCUGGUUAGGAACUGGUCGUUUUAAUGUGUACUGUACGGUCGUAUAGUGAACUGUUUGUGGUUUACACGCCUGUGUUAAUCUAUGUUUUAUAGUCCUGUGAGUCUAAAGGAUUAAUUAAUUCCUCACCCAGCUAUUUUUUUUGAGUUUCUGAGUCGAGCAUGUUAUACAUGAACCUCCAUGGAGGUAUGCUGUAAAGCGCAAUACAUUCUGUUAUAAACAGCAGUGCUUAAUCGCGUCACUUAUCAACACCUUGACACCCAGAAAGAGCGAGUACGGUAAUUGAAGGGUUAGACAGCUUUUUUAUUUUAUUUUUUGUUUGUUUUCUGCAUCAAACGCAGAUCAUAAAAAAGUGCAACGAGAAUGUAUGAGCAUGCUUUACAGAAAAUGUUUAGCAAAAUAUAUAUAUAUUUAUAUACACCAAAAUUAAAUACAAAUAAAUAAAAUACACGAAUGUCAUUCUCCUAGAGAUACAAAGUAUGCAUAUUCAAUUUAGAUUAUUGUUACGCUAAAUAAACCGUGUACACAGCUUGCUGGUAUUAUGCAGUUUGUAUAUCAGUAACAGGGAGGGGGUAGACGUAUCUAAUGAUAAUUUGAAGUGACUGGUGCUGUGUGUGGAAAGUUUCCGCCUCGCUGUAUACCGGUGUGACUAUUUAAAAUCUCACGGACUCGACAGACACAACCGCAGCCACUGCAAUUUUGCCAUUUUUAAAAACACCGGGCAGACGAAAAACUGGUAACUAGGCUGCACCGCUACUAACUAGUCGUGUUCAAAAUGAUGGGAUGGGAUUGCCAUGGCAACAGACCGCACGUCACAAUCUGGGCAUGUGUGUUCCAUUUUUGUCUCUCUUUUUAUUUUCAGACUGGAGGAUUUGAGAGAGAGAGAGAGAGAGAGAGAGCCAGCGAGAGAGAGAGAGAGGAGAGCGGGGUUUUUUUACGCUCCUUAAAAAAGAAAAAAAAGGCAGCCAUCUUUCUUAAAAAAAACCUCACCCUCUCUCUUGCCAACACAAUUGUGUGCAUGCAGUUCAAAAACCCGGCGAGGCUGGCAUUCCCGAGGAUAAGUUUCAAUACUUUAGAGAUAUAUAUUAUCGAAUGGUGUAUCAUAUGCGGUGAAGAUGCCGGGGUCAGUGAGUAACGAAGGCGAAAGGCAAGACGAGAUGGAUUUUGGGGACGAUAUGCCAGACGAGGAGGAGGAGGAGGAGGAUGAAGCAGAGCCGGCACCAGUGCCCCUCGCUGCUCUCCAGGGAUUCUUCAGAGAGGACGACCCCGUCAAACAGCAGCCCAAGAAGAAGAAGCCGUGCAAACCCAAGCAGGGAAAAACCACCCAGCUGAGCAAGAGGAAGAAGGAGGGGGGCGGUAGUGAGGAGGAGGCGGCGCCCAUGUGUCUGAAAGAGCUGGAGGGGGACAGGUCGGAGAGCGAGGGCAGUGACUACUCCCCCAUCAAGAAGAAGAAGAAACCCAGGGAGAAGAAGGAGAAGAAGACCAGGCGGAAAAAGAAAGACGAGGAGGAGGAGGAGGAGGAAGAGGAGGAUGUGGGGCUCAAGGAGCCCAAGUCCUCUGCUCAGCUGAUGGAGGAGUGGGGGCUGGAGAACGUGGACUAUGCCUUCACAGAGGAGGACUACCACACUUUGACAAACUACAAAGCUUUCAGCCAGUUCCUGAGGCCUCUCAUUGCCAAGAAGAACCCCAAGAUCCCCAUGUCUAAGAUGAUGACGGUCCUGGGUGCGAAGUGGCGCGAGUUCAGCAGCAACAACCCGUUCAAGGGCCUGUCUGCCGCCGCUGCCGCCGCGGCCGUGGCUGCUGCCGUGGAAACCGUGGCUGUGUCCCCGCCCGUCCCUCAGCCCGCGCAGCCUGGAGCAGUCAGGAAAGCCAAGACCAAAGAAGGGAAAGGCCCGGGGGCGAGAAAGAAAAGUAAAAACACGAAGGAAGCCAAAAAGAAAGGCAAGGGCAAGAAGAUGAAAAUCAGACUGGGCGGGUUCGGGAGCAAGAGGAAAAAGAGCUCCUCGAGCGAGGAGGAUGAGCGGGAGGAGUCUGAUUUCGACGAGGGCAGCAUCCACAGCACCUCGGUGCGCUCCGAGGCCUCCCUGCAGCAGAAGAGGAAGGGGCGCAAGGGCCAGCAGAAAAAAAAGAAGAUUGAAGAAGGGGACGGUUACGAGACGGAUCACCAGGAUUACUGCGAGGUGUGCCAGCAGGGCGGAGAGAUCAUCCUGUGCGACACCUGUCCUCGAGCCUACCACCUGGUGUGCCUGGAUCCCGAGCUGGAGAAGGCUCCUGAGGGGAAGUGGAGCUGCCCGCACUGCGAGAAGGAAGGGAUCCAGUGGGAGCCCAAGGAGGAAGAGGAGGAAGAGGAGGAGAUGGGGGAGGAGGAAGAGGACGACCACUUGGAGUUCUGCCGGGUGUGCAAGGACGGGGGGGAGCUGCUGUGCUGCGACACCUGCCCCUCCUCCUACCACCUCCACUGCCUCAACCCGCCCCUGCCAGAGAUACCCAAUGGGGAGUGGCUGUGCCCGCGAUGCAUGUGCCCGCCCCUGAAAGGGAAGGUUCAGCGGAUCCUGCACUGGAUAUGGGGGGAGCCCCCCCUGCCACCGGAGUGCCCCCCAGCCUCUGGAGCUCCGGAUCCCAGGGCCCCCCGGCCCCAGCCGCCCCUGAAGGGGCACCCUGAGAGGGAGCUGUAUGUCAAGUGGGCCGGGCUGUCCUACUGGCACUGCUCGUGGGUCAGUGAGCUGCAGCUGGAGCUGUACCACACGGUGAUGUAUCGCAACUACCAGCGCAAGAACGACAUGGACGAGCCCCCCCCCUACGACUACGGCUCGGAGAACGAGGAGAUGAAGAGUGAGAAGCGCAAGAGCAAGGACCCCCAGUACGCCCUCAUGGAGGAGCGCUUCUACCGCUACGGGAUCAAACCAGAGUGGAUGAUCAUUCACAGGGUCUUCAACCACAGCUUCGAUAACAAUGGAGAUGUCCACUACCUGAUCAAGUGGAGAGACUUGCCUUACGAUCAGUCUACCUGGGAGAUCGACGACUUUGACAUUCCAGAGUACAACCAUUUCAAACAAGCCUACUGGAAUCACAGGGACCUCAUGCUGGGAGAGGACAUCCGACCCCCAGGGAUCAAGAAGGGGAGGAAGAUGAAGGACGAUAAGCCCCCGGAGACGCCCAAUGUGGACCCGACAAUCAAGUUCGACAAGCAGCCGUGGUACAUCGACUCGACGGGGGGCAGCCUGCACCCCUACCAGCUGGAGGGGCUGAACUGGCUGCGUUUCUCCUGGGCGCAGGGCACCGACACCAUCCUGGCAGACGAGAUGGGGCUGGGCAAGACCGUGCAGACCAUCGUCUUCCUCUACUCGCUCUACAGAGAGGGACACUCCAAGGGGCCGUACCUGGUCAGCGCCCCGCUGUCCACCAUCAUCAACUGGGAGCGCGAGUUCGAGAUGUGGGCGCCGGACUUCUACGUGGUCACCUACACAGGGGACAAGGACAGCCGUGCGGUCAUCCGCGAGAACGAGUUCUCCUUCGAAGAGACCCCCGUCAAGAUGGGCCGCAAGGUCUUUCGCAUGAAGAAGGACACUCCGAUCAAGUUCCACGUGCUGCUCACCUCCUACGAGCUGAUCACCAUCGACCAGGCCAUCCUGGGCUCCAUCGAGUGGGCCUGCCUGGUGGUGGACGAGGCUCACCGGCUCAAGAACAAUCAGUCAAAGUUCUUUCGAGUGCUGAACGGCUACAAGAUCUACUACAAGCUGCUGCUGACUGGGACCCCCCUGCAGAAUAACCUGGAGGAGCUCUUCCACCUGCUCAACUUCCUCACCCCCGAGAGGUUCAAUAACCUGGACGGAUUCCUGGAGGAGUUCGCCGACAUCUCGAAGGAGGACCAGAUCAAGAAGCUGCACGACCUGCUGGGGCCCCACAUGCUGAGGAGGCUGAAGGCCGACGUCUUCAAGAACAUGCCGUCCAAGACGGAGCUGAUCGUGCGGGUGGAGCUGAGCCCCAUGCAGAAGAAGUACUACAAGUUCAUCCUGACGCGGAACUUCGAGGCUCUGAACUCGAAAGGGGGCGGGAACCAGGUGUCUCUCCUCAACAUCAUGAUGGACCUGAAGAAGUGCUGCAACCACCCCUACCUGUUCCCCGUCGCCGCUGUGGAGGCUCCGGUGCUCGCCAACGGCUCCUACGAUGGGAACUCGCUGGUCAGGUCCUCGGGGAAGCUCACGCUGCUCCAGACCAUGCUGAGGAAGCUGAAGGACGGAGGACACCGAGUCCUCAUCUUCUCACAGAUGACAAAGAUGCUGGACCUGCUGGAGGACUUCCUGGAGUACGAGGGGUACAAGUACGAGAGGAUCGACGGGGGGAUCACGGGGGGGCUGCGGCAGGAAGCCAUCGACCGCUUCAAUGCUCCCGGCGCUCAGCAGUUCUGCUUCCUGCUCUCCACGCGGGCGGGGGGGCUGGGCAUCAACCUGGCGACCGCCGACACGGUCAUCAUCUACGACUCGGACUGGAACCCCCACAACGACAUCCAGGCGUUCAGCCGAGCUCACCGGAUCGGGCAGAACAAGAAGGUGAUGAUCUAUCGCUUCGUGACCCGGGCCUCGGUGGAGGAGCGCAUCACGCAGGUGGCCAAGCGCAAGAUGAUGCUGACCCACCUGGUGGUGCGGCCUGGCCUGGGCUCCAAGACCGGCUCCAUGUCCAAGCAGGAACUCGAUGACAUCCUCAAGUUCGGCACGGAGGAGCUGUUCAAGGACGAUGUGGAGGGAGCCCGGGCCAAUGGUGACAAUAAGGACGGAGAGGAGGGCAACGUGAUUCAUUAUGAUGACAACGCCAUCUCCACACUGCUGGACCGCAGCCAGGACGCCACCGACGACACAGAGCUGCAGAACAUGAACGAGUACCUCAGCUCCUUUAAGGUGGCGCAGUACGUGGUGCGGGAGGAGGAUGGCGAGGAGGAGGUGCAGCGAGAGAUUAUCAAGCAGGAGGAGAACGUGGAUCCUGAUUACUGGGAGAAGCUGCUGAGGCAUCACUACGAGCAGCAGCAGGAAGACCUGGCCAGGAACCUGGGCAAGGGGAAGAGAGUGCGCAAGCAGGUCAACUAUAACGAUACCUCCCAGGAGGACCAAGAGUGGCAGGAUGAUCUUUCAGACAAUCAGUCCGAGUACUCCGUGGGAUCCGAAGAUGAGGAUGAAGAUUUUGAGGAGAGACCGGAAGGAGGACGCAGGCAGUCUCGCAGACAGCUCAAGAGUGACCGGGACAAACCACUCCCUCCGCUGCUGGCCAGAGUCGGGGGCAACAUUGAGGUCCUGGGGUUCAAUGCCCGGCAGCGGAAAGCCUUCCUGAAUGCCAUCAUGCGCUGGGGGAUGCCACCCCAAGAUGCCUUCAACUCCCACUGGCUGGUGAGAGACCUGCGGGGCAAGAGUGAGAAGGACUUCAGGGCCUACGUGUCCCUCUUCAUGCGACAUCUGUGUGAGCCAGGGGCUGACGGAGCCGAGACCUUCGCAGACGGGGUCCCGCGAGAGGGGCUGUCCCGCCAGCACGUCCUCACGCGCAUCGGGGUCAUGUCUCUCGUGAGGAAGAAGGUCCAGGAGUUCGAGCACAUCAACGGGAAGUACAGCACCCCUGACCUGAUUCUCGACGGAGCCGAGAUGAAGAAACUGACGGAGAGCAUCUCAUCGGACCCCAACACACCUGUACCUGCCAGCCCCGCCGCCACCCAGCCUGGUACACCUGUACCCACAGCAGAAAAGACAGAGACUCCCUCGGGACCAGCAGAGGAGAAGGAGACCCCAGAGCUGGAGGUGAAGAAACCAGCCGGGCCUGAGCAGGUCCCCAGCAGCAGCGAGUCUUCCCCCAGCUCAGAGAAGCCCCCCCCAGUGGAGGAGAGUAAGGAGCUGGUGAAGGAGGAGCGAGGGUUGGAGGAGAGUGAGAAUCCUGAACUGGCCCAGGAGGACCCUGCUACCACAGGGGAGGCUUGUAAAGAGGGAGAGAGACCCCCGGAGAAGGCAGAGAGCAACAGCGUCUUGAGCAGAGGAGAGGACAAGGACCCCCAGCCAGGAGAGGAGGUAAAGAAGGAAGAGACGCCUGAAAACCAGCAGAACGGAGAGAAAGAAGGGAAGGAGGAAGAGGAGGGGAGGAAAGACGAGAAGAACGCCAAGAUGAAGUUCAUGUUCAACAUCGCGGACGGUGGAUUCACAGAGCUGCACACGCUGUGGCAGAACGAGGAGCGAGCGGCCGUGUCGUCGGGGAAGAUCUACGAUAUCUGGCACCGGAGACACGACUACUGGCUGCUCGCCGGCAUCGUCACGCACGGCUACGCGCGCUGGCAGGACAUCCAGAACGACCCUCGCUACGUCAUCCUCAACGAGCCCUUCAAGUCCGAGGUGCACAAGGGCAACUACCUGGAGAUGAAGAACAAGUUCCUGGCGCGCCGCUUCAAGCUGCUGGAGCAGGCCCUGGUGAUUGAGGAGCAGCUCCGACGCGCUGCCUACCUCAACAUGACGCAGGACUCCAGCCACCCCGCCAUCGCUCUGAACGCCCGCUUCGCGGAGGUGGAGUGCCUGGCUGAGAGCCACCAGCACCUGUCCAAGGAGUCCCUGGCAGGGAACAAGCCCGCCAACGCCGUCCUACACAAGGUGCUGAACCAGCUGGAGGAGCUGCUGAGCGAUAUGAAGGCGGAUGUGACGAGGCUGCCCUCUAUGCUGUCGCGGAUCCCCCCCGUCGCGGCGCGCCUGCAGAUGUCCGAGCGCAGCAUCCUGAGCCGGCUGACCAACCGAGGCAACGAGCCCCCUCCCCAGCAGCCCUUCCCUCAAGGCUCUUUCAGCUGCUCUCAGAUGUACGGCAACAGCUUUGGGACAAGCUUCCGAGGGCCAGGAGCCGGGGGGAUCGUCAACUACAGCCAGAUGCCUUUAGGACCCUACGUGUCGGCCUCUACCAACGGGCCUCCAUCGAGCCACUCUGAGAAGAAGCUGAGCGAGUCUCUGAAGGACGGGGCCGCGCCGGAGCACAAAGGGGGCAAGCCCAGCGACGUGAUCUGCAUCGAAGACUAGCGAGAGAGAGAGAGGGAGGGAGGGGGAGGAAGGGAGGCAAACUAUAGCCACUGUGCAGAACAAAAAAGAGCGCUAUUUAAAUUAUGCUUACAGAAAAAAAAAAAACUUUCUAAAGGAGAUUCCAUCAAUCUGUACAUUGUAUUGCACUUAUUUUCCUUUCUCUCCCACACGCACAUGCACGCACGCAUGCACACACACACACACAGGCAGACACACACGCACGUGCACGCAGACACGCACGCACGCACAGACACACACUCGCACACACACAGACACACACACACACACACACGCACGCACACACACAGAGCAGACUCUGGUACAGGAGUAUAGGAUUGAUUGCAGUGGCAUGUUGCGUUCUUUAUAUGGAGGUUAGGGUCACUGAAGAAGGUUUGAAUGGUUCGGACCCAGGUGAAGAGGUGGUACCGUGCCGAAGUGUUUGAUGCCUCUGCUUCUUGGACAUGGAAGGAUUUCUUUAUCUGUUGGAUGGGAAUCGUAAACGAGAGUGAAGCUGAAGUCUGUAGAGUUCUGUAAUGAAGAAUCUGUUUAAGUUUUCACCACUCCAGCAAUUUGUUUUGCUACUCGGAGAGACUUCGGUAAAUCAGUGACUGGAACUGAAGUUUUUCUUUUUGUUUUUUUUUUGCAAACGUGGCCACAAAGACCCUGAGCCCAUGAGCUGACAUACAGUAGAUGUCUUUCCAGGACACUCUGCGACAGCAAUGCUUCUUCAGAUCUCCCUUCAUGAGUCUCCGGAGGGACUGACGGUGUGCGUUAGGUACUGUGCAGGAAUCGAAACAGACGAUUGGUCCUCUUCCAGGAGGACAUUCCAAAAGGUUCUGGAAGUCGAUCAUUCCCAAGCUAAAAGGGUUGAACCGUCAUCAGCUCAUUGCUCCCUCAGCCAGCUCUGCUGCAAAGCCUAGGGGCGUCCGUUCUAUCCAAGGCUUGCAGAUUAAAAGCUAUUGCACAGAAACACACUUACACACACAUACCCUGAGACACACACACACUCACUGAGACACACGCACACACACAUACACACAUACUGAGACACGCACUGAGGCACACACACUGAGAGACACACACACCUCACACAUAAUUGUAUAUAAUAGAUUGCUGAGCAGCAAGUGAAGGGCAGGGGUCGAACCUGGUUUCAAAACCCUCGAGUCUUAACCCUCGUACCCGACACCGGAGAGUACGAGGGUCCCAGGAGGCGAACAGCACUUUUUGUAUGCAAUGCAUGUUAAUAGCAAGAAGCAUUCAGCCCCUUUUCUGUGAUCUCAGACUUCCAGCCACAUCUAAAAGCAGGCUGUCUGUCUCUGUCAGCCAUGUCCUUGUUAUACUGCCAUUACAUUUCAGGCUGCCAGCUUCAGACUCACAGUAAUUCUAAGCUUACUGUAGACACGCGGCUUGAAGCUUCAUUAGCUAAUUUAAUGAGAUUUGUAAAAUAGUGAUUCUGAAGAGGAAACAGAUGUGCACUACCUUUAUUUUGCAAUAUGUGGAUAAUCAGAUGUUCUGCAGGAGAGAGACCUGCUUGUGUUCUUUCUUUUUUAUAACAAAUUGUGUGUUGACAAUUUUUUUUUUUUUUUUUUUAAACAUGAGAGAAUCAUAGGUCAAAAAAAAAAAAAAAAAAAUCUUUUCAUAAAACCCCCGAAAAAGAACAAAAAAGAUGUUGGAUUUUGUAAGAAUAUGUACAACUUUCACCUUGAAAGGACUGGAGGGUUAUCCUUGGAAGUUGUGCUUUAUUAGGGUUAAUGAAAAAGGUUGUGCUUGGUGUGGUUUCAGUAAAUGUUUUGUAGAAUCCCCCCCCCCCUCCCUCCCUCCCUCCCUCCCUCCCUCAAGAAAGUGGACCUAUAGGCUGUUUGUAUGUGUAUUAAAAUGAUAAGGUAUUGAGGUCUGAAUCAACAGGCAACUGAGAAAGACACCUACCUACUGCUAGCCAGUGUGGGUCCUGAAGAGAAGAGUGCUGUCAAUAGGUCCUCGUGCUCAUCCAGGUGGAGGUCUGACUUCAGAUUGCAAAACCUCCCAUGCAGUAGCUGCGAUUCACCAGGAGCUUCACCAGGUGCUUGCAGGGUUUCUUGAGUUUGUGUAGUUUGAAAAGUACGGGGAAUAUCCUGUCUGUGGUAAGGAGGUCAGUUAUAUCAGACGGCACAGACAGCCUUUCUGUUAGUCCCUGAUUCCCAGAACGAGGGGAGCUAGCCCAGUUCUGUGCAAUGCGUAGCUACAAGCCCAGGCGAGCUUCCUCGGACACCAGUGUGGGCUGUGGUCACUGUUUGAAAGCACUUUAAUAGCAGCUAUCAGAAGACUAUCAGUGCAAGGGCAUGCAUCUGGAGCGGUCAGUGUUCAUCGAUGCCAUCAGUGCAAGGGCAUGCCCUCUGGAGCGGUCAGUGUGUUCAUCGAUGCCAUCAGUGCAGGGCAUGCAUCUGGAGCGGUCAGUGUGUUCAUCGAUGCCAUCAGUGCAGGGCAUGCAUCUGGAGCGGUCAGUGUGUUCAUCGAUGCCAUCAGUGCAAGGGCAUGCCCUCUGGAGCGGUCAGUGUUCAUCGAUGCCAUCAGUGCAAGGGCAUGCCCUCUGGAGCGGUCAGUGUUCAUCGAUGCCAUCAGUGCAAGGGCAUGCCCUCUGGAGCGGUCAGUGUUCAUCGAUGCCAUCAGUGCAAGGGCAUGCCCUCUGGAGCGGUCAGUGUUCAUCAAUGCCAUCAGUGCAAGGGCAUGCCCUCUGGAGCGGUCAGUGUUCAUCGAUGCCAUCAGUGCAAGGGCAUGCCCUCUGGAGCGGUCAGUGUUCAUCGAUGCCAUCAGUGCAAGGGCAUGCAUCUGGAGCGGUCAGUGUUCAUCGAUAGCAUCGUGCAGGGCAUGCCCUCUGGAGCGGUCAGUGUUUUGUCUGUGAGUGCAUUUUAUUUUAUUAUUAUUAAUAUUAUUAUUGUCAUUUUUUAAGGAAUGGGACUGAUCAAGUACUUGUGCUGAUGGCUCGGAUUGUUUUAAGUGCCAGUAAAAAAUUAAAUAAAAUCAAUUACAAAUAAAUCCUCACAACACUGAAGCAUACUAGAAAGGACUACAGAAUUGCAUUGCAUUUGAUGGCUGUGCAAUAUAUAAGGAUUAUAGGCUUCAGUAUAAUAGCACAUUCGAAAGCUUUAAAAGCUACAGAAUAAAAAAAUAAAAAAAACACAAAUAGGACAAUUACAUUUUCUAGAAAUGUGUGCUCAGCAUGUGAAAUGUUUUGUAUGAGAUUCAUGAUCCAAUAUUUAAGAAAAAAUAAAUAAGAAAUGACCUGUGUUAAGCUAUGGGCAUUUCUAAAAAAAAAAAAAAAACCCAUGGUCAUCUUUUUCUUUGUACUCUGUGUGUUUGUUUAAUGUGUUUUAAUAAAUCCUUUCAGAAAGGACGUGGACUGUGUCUUUUCCUUUACUAUUUGUAAUCCGUGCAGCUGCUGCAGAUCACUGCGGUCAUUAUGACAGCGUUACUUUACACAGAGCGCGCCUUUCAACUCCGCAUCCGAUUGUGAUGACACUAGGUAUGGACAUUCCCUAGCACGAGAUCACACUGCUAAACUAAAAUUACUGAAUUUAAUGCCGGGGUAUUAGCGCCCUCUCGUGGAAUAAAUUAGGCUGACAACAUGAAUUACACAAAACUAAUAUACUGUACGCAACUUCAUAUGACGCGGGUGGGUAUCAAAGUGCUGCAGCUGGCACUUGGUGGGAGAAUUGCAGUUUAUUUGGUAAAUGUAGUUUUUUUUUUUAUUGAAGUAGUUUUAUAAAUAAAAGUUGAACUCGUAGUUUAAAGGCAGUGAAAUACUCGACUCGCCUCUGGGGGGAAGGCGCCAUGCCAUAGGUGCAGAACGAAAUGAAAAGCGGUGUAUUUGUAAAUAUAUAUUGAUUACUAAUAAUAAUGGUAUCUCGAAACAGGGCAAAGGGGUGGGUUCACUUUACUGACAUUACUAAUUGUAAAAACGGGGCCCUUUUACCUCCGAAAGAAACCCCCUCAAACCCCCAAGCGGCGUGUUUCAGUGGAUGCAGUGCCAGCACUGACCAGCCCAGCGCUGUUCCUCCUACCUGUAGGUAUACCUGCGCUCGAACCGCAGGUGCAGCGUACACUGACCACGCCCCUUCAAGGUGACAUCCCCCGCUGGCCACGCCCCGCACAGGUAGAUCGGAAAGAUGGCGGCCGGGGUAACACGGAACAUGAGGCGCUGUGAAUUGUGAGCUGUUGCUGGUGCGCUGCAGUCCUGGAUCGACACACGGAUUUUGGUGAUCUCCGCGCAGGUCCUGUUCCCAGAUGCCUCGGCGGACCGCACACUGAACAGCCUGUCUGGUGUCUGUCAGGGAUUCACACUCCCAGUUCUGCAGUAUCGUUCCUAUAAAACCUCUGGCAGCUUUUGGAGCCUCGGGACAGCAGAUCGGUGCGCGGGCUCCUUUCACGAACCAGCCGUUUAAUAUUGUUCUUGCAAUUGUGUACAGUGUUUAAAUAAAUAAAGAUUGCAUUGUA